AACCGCCCGGGAGAAAACAAGAGCAAGAACAAAUGCCCGAGGAUAUCAAAGAACCCCCAAAAGCGUCGUUGUCAUCUUGGUUCCGAAGAAAGAAAUCUAUUCCAUCUGUCAACGAAAAUUUGCUUAAUGAUGGAACUGAGAUUAUCGAGACCGGGCAGCAAUGGUCAAGAACCCCACCCUCGCCAGUCAGUCAGAUUAUUGUGAGAUCCUCUGAAAUUCCGGUACAAUUGGUAAAUACCCAAGAGAUUAACCCAAAUUUGGACCUGAGCUUGGACGAGGAGCUCGAACCCACAAUGGAGAACAAUCUUCACACGAAUUUAGAGUCCAUCCCUGAAGAAGGACCUCAGGAUGUCUUAGAUGGCGAGCAGCGAAAUGCACCACCCAACCUUGAUCCGCCUGAAGUGUUCUUCGACAAAUUCAUGGAUAAGUGGGAUAAAGAUCGUGAGCAGAGGGGCUGCCAACCAGAGACUUAUAUUUAUGGCCUUGAGCAACACCAAUCAGUGAUGGCUGCAUUGGGACGUCCACCUAAAUAUCUCUUUGGAUGGAAUGAUCAUCAUCACCCUUUGGAAAUGUAUACCUUGUCGGCUCGCACAUCUUUCAUUUCUGUUCUUUAGAUUAGGAAUAAAUCAAAUCCGACCAAA